GCCGGUAUAUUUUCUAAGCCAUUCAGUUGAGAACGAGUCCCUUGUGAGGUUAGUGACUAUCUCACGUGGAGAUCGGCACGCUAGUUCUUGUUAAGCCUUUCGAUCUUCUGGAAUUGAUUGAGUGAACAAAACCAAGAAGUAAGGUAGUGGUGUUGUUUCAUGUGGUGAUGGGCGUAUCACGAUCUAAAUCCAAUCCUCGGGCUUGGCCAGCCGGACUCUCAUGGAUUUGGCCGUGCUUUCUUACAUUGUGGUGGUUCAGUGCCAGUGUCCAUGGAUUGUACGCCGUGAAACCCUUGCGAUUCGAUCAGGACACUGGUGGUUAUGAAGAGGUAGGCGUGGUGAUUUCGUCCCACCUCAAACGCGAAGAGUGUCCGCAAAUCCUGGAAAAUGUGAAGGUUGCCAUCACCGAAGCUUCCCGAUCACUCUAUAUUCAAUUGGAUGGGAAAAUUCAUUUCUCCUCGGUCAACGUCCAACUUCCCAUGGGAUGGACGGCAUCAGAUUGUCAGACGCCUCUCGAGGCUACCAAACCAGUCAGAAACUCGAACGGGGACAUCUACGUCUCGCUGGACCACCCAAUCUACAACGACGAACCCUGGACUCAACAGAGCAUGGGGUGUGGACAGCCGGGAGAUUUCAUCUACUUGCCUCGAUCUUGUAUGGAUGUGGAGAAGAUUCCUAGGAAUAAAAGCAUCAGCGUUAAGAACAUCAACAAGUUGGCCAAGAAUCAAUCCAUUCGCCUGGGGGAGAAGAUUCGGGAUCAAUGGAUCCGAUAUAGGUUUGGCGUGUUCUCGGACUUGAAAGAUUCCAAUGUUUUGCCAUCAGUGAACCUAGACCAACACGCUUUGUGCUUCGGUAAAUCCGUCAAGGAGAUUGUUUUAAGCCAUCCCGAUCUAAUCACUUCCAAGGGUGGAGCAGAGACUCAAUUAUUAUCGUCCUCAUCAAGCAAGAAAUUUCAACAGUUUCAACCCAAACAGAAGUCGCAACCACAACAACUUUUGCCGCCACCUCCAAAAUUCAGAUUCACACGAGCCGAAGGAUCCAAGUACGUGAUCGUUUUGGAGAACUCGCAAGCCAUGAAUGAGAACUCCCAUUGGGACGUAAUCCGAAGGGCGUGCAAGAAGUUCCUUCUCCACGAUGCGCCCUCAGACGCGAGCGUGGCAUUGGUGCUAUUCAAUCAGAGGUCGCACAUUGCCCAUUCACUGACCACUCUCGGAAAUCGGGAAUCUCGUCAGAGUCUGGCGGUUCAGAUUAAUAACAAGUAUUCCCUCAGUCCCAAGAACCACAGUUGUGUUCUAUGCGGAAUCAAGAGUGCCAUGGAGGCCCUUGAGGCUGGGUCUUUCUCGCCCAUGGGGGCCAAUGUGAUCCUGAUCAGUCAGGGCUUGUCUACCAACUUGGGGCUGGACGACGAGACUCAAGUGUUGGAUAUGGCGGCCAAACAUUGGCUCCAAAUCUAUUCGGUGGCCAUUCCCAGCCAACCUCAAGCUGACAUUUCGAUGCCGUUGGAGCGCCUGACCCAGAAAACGGGUGGACUCUCCUACUUCAUCCCAGAAACGAGCUAUGACAAGGAAUCUUUGGCCACUUAUGUGGCUAUGGUGGACGCUUUCCGAGAGAUUCAAGCCCGAUCAACGGAUGACGGGCCUUUUUUGAUUCACGAAAAAUCGUUCGCUCCCGCAUUGAAUGGUGGUCAGCCCUCUCCUCUCUCCUCUCCAUCCUCACCAUCCUCACCCACCGAGGAAACUGGGUCCUUUGUCAUUGACAAAUACGUUGGCAGAGACACCCAAUUCAAAGUUUUCGCUGCCAACGAGGGGGAGGGUUUCGUCAAGUCCAUAACCAUCAUUGAUCGCCAAGGCCAACAAUAUGGGGGCCUGCAUGAUACCCUGGCAGCUUUUCGCACGUUCUCUGUGUACCGAGUGCCCUAUGAAUUGGAUCAAAACAUUGGUAUGAAAUGGACCUACUCGGUGGAGCGAAUCCCUUCCCCUAAAAACGUCAAUGACCACAUCGUUCAAGUCACAUCACGGUCCAGAAUCCGAGGUGAAGAAAUCAAGAUUAAAUUCUACACCAACAUGGACUUACACGCUAUUCAAGUGAGAGCAGCCAAUCCAAUAAAACUAUUCGCCGAGGUCAAAUUGAAUGGAGCGCCCGUGAUUGAUGCUCGGGUCGUGGCUCAUAUUCAAGGUUUGAACCACGUGGGUCAACUCACCGAUGUCAUCUCGAUUCCUCUCUACGAUUCUGGUCACGGAGAUCCCGAUUUGAAACGCGAUGAUGGGAUUUACUCGCGCUACCUGACCGAUCUGUCGGGUGGAGAAGGCAGAUAUUCCGUGACUCUCGUAGUGGAUGACAAUGAAGAACGAGCGUUUAGUUUCCAAAGAGCUUCCGCUCUCAUGGGCGAGACUUCGUCAUCGUUGUCAUGUUGCAAAGAUGGAAGAAACAAGAUCCGAAAUGAGAAGCUACGCCCAUUCAAGCGAAUCACCAAAGGAGACUCGUUCAGAAUCCAUUCGAUCUCCAAGGUUCCGGGUUUAUUUCCUCCUGCUCGGAUUCUUGAUCUCCACGUGGAUGUUCUUACUUCGUCCCAACAGUUGGAGUUUUCUUGGAGCGCUCCCGGCAACGAUUUGGAUCAAGGCAAGACUAGCUUGUAUCAACUGUACAGUUCGGAGAACCCCAGUAUCUUCUACACCAACUUGAACCAAUCCAAACAGGUGGACGGCUUCAAUGCCAUCAAGAAAGCCGGAGAGCGGGAGAGUCACAGGAUCACGGUCUCGCAAUUCAACACUAACGUGUAUUACGCUUUGGUUUCCAUCGAUGCCUUUGGGAAUGCCGGCGAGGUGUCGAAUAUUCGACAAGCCUACAUGCCCUCACCCGCCUCGCUCUUGGCUACGACCGUCAAUGAGGGCCUGAGUAGCGAGCAAGUCUUGGAUUCUCCCCAACAUCGGGCCGUUCCGUCGUCCAAAUCGGAAAAGAUCCUCCUGUUCAUCAUCGUUGCCGUGGUUGGUUUCAUCUUGCUGUGUGUGAUUAUGGUGUUAGUGAUUGUGUUUUCGUACCGUCGCAAAAAGGCUUCCCACUCUGGUCACAACGAGUCAAUGCGCUCGAUGGGUGUGUCCACCUCGGUGGUUAUGAACGAUGCUAAUUCGACGUCAAUCGUGGCCUCAAAUAGCGUGGACAAUCUUCAAUCGCCGGGUUAUUCCGUGUGCGACGAACAAGAUUUAAUCAAGGAACAACAGGAGACCAAUCGAUUUCUUCACAGCUACAGUGAUAUGACCAUGAGUAACAAUGGGACAGGGACUCAGAACAGUGUGAGCUUCGCCGACGAGAAUCCCUACGGAAAUGGAGUGGCUAUGAACAUGAACAGUACCAUGAACCGAUCCUCCACCUACGGCUGGACCGAGUUCAACAAUCCUUACGUUAUCCAGAGUACGAGCAAUACUCUGCCCACUUACCGGGAUUUCCAGAACCACCAACAAAUGAACGGCUACGUGCCCAACUACUACAAUUCAAAUAUUACCGCACCCCCAGCGCCUCCUACGUAUGCUCAGCCCAUUCCCAAAAGCCAAAGAGGAAGCAAUAUCUACACCAAACCAACUCACAACUCCAGCCCAGCUGGCCUUUUGUCCCAGCAGCAGCAGCAGCAAAAACAACAACAACAACAACAACAACAACAACAUCCUCAUCACCUACUACAUCUUCAAAGUCCCAGCGGUUCCAGUCAGUCUUCAACAUCGGCUCAAAUGCCGCCCCAUCUCGGAAGUGGGGAUGAGCGAGUCCCGAGCAUUUCCCCACCACUUGAAGGCGUGUCUGUUCCCCUCAUCUCUUCCUCCAACUCGAACACGCCUACCAAAUCAAUUCUAAAGAAGCCCAAACAUUAUAGUACAAACGCCACGCCCAGUGGUCAGGAGUCGUACCUUCAUUCUCGAUGUCUAACCCAAGAAGAUCAGAGCUCUCAAUCGAGUUCGGGUAAAGAUGACCGAUUUUCCGAGUCCUCCAAUGUCAGUUUCAGUGAUCGUGACACGCCCACCAUAGAUCUUGCAACCACUGGUAUGGUGGGACCACUUCAGCCUAUUCCGCCAUUGGCCAGCCAGGAUGAGGACGAGGAAGACAAUGAGGAAGCGGUCGAUGACGCCGAUGUCCAGGGCGGCUGUCAACCGAACUAUUCGCCCAGUAACACGUAUUUGGAAACGAGUUUCGAGGCCACCACGGCCACCAAUGAGCAGGCAUCGUCCUCAGGCAAAAAAUUGCCGCCACCAACGCUGCCUAAACCUGCAAGUGGUUUGGGAGGCUCGACUGAGUUGUCUGAAAAAGUGACCAUUGGAGCAGCCUCUUCGACUUCAUCGUCUGACGCUUCUCAAACCGCCUCCACGGGAUCCACUGACAAGAUCAAUGUCGAGUUCAGCUCGAAUACCAUCGACAGGAAAGUGCGAAACAUCACUCAAGUCUGAUGGGGUCGAUCGUGCCCAUGAAAAAUUCGCAGUAUUCCAGCAGACCUCUGUCUGUUCUAGUCCUCCAUUACAACCUAAGAAUCUCUUACGGUUCAUUCCACAGUGCUCAACCGACUUUGAUCAUUGUCGUUCCUUACCAUGUUUUCAUUUCAAUCCCCCCCCUCCCUCCCCUCGUUACUCCUAUUGUGAUUUCUUUUUUUUUAUAUAUUUCUAUUUGGAUUUCCUAGUUGAUCUCAAAAUGAGCGUCAUUCAUACGAAUGAUCCUUUGCCAUCCAUCCUACGAUGUCUACGAUUUGCCGUGAAUUAUUAGUCUCCGUGUCCUUAGAAGUAGCUUGUACUUGUAGAACACAUGCCAAAAUAAUCCAUCUCUUUGGUGUCAAAACUUUCCAAAUAAAGAAGCAUCCAAGAUUCAGACGAAA